UCAAUGAAAAGUCAUUGAGUUUGGUGAGUCAAGAUUCACUGAAAAAGUCUUCAAUGUCGAUGGGCCUCUUUGGUGAGGUGACCUUAUUCCUGUCCUGCCCCCUAAGGGUGGGCAGGGUGGACAGAACGCAGCCUGGACUUCCGGAUGCAGCCCCCUACCGCCCGACGUGCCUACCCCGCUGGCCUCGGAGGGGUGGCCCUAAGCCCAGGACAGACGUGGACAAAGGGCAGAAAAAAGGAUGCAGUUCUCUUUAAUCCCUAACCCAAUUUCUCGGGAAAAGCCGCGCUCCCACACAGAAGGCGAACCCUCUAAAGCUGUGGGUUGGCUGCCGUGCACGUAGUCGCUUUAGGAAUUCCCAAAGCAUCUAGCGGAAGUUUAGACCUUUCACUAGGGGUCACAUGGGCCAGUUCGGACGCAGCUGGCAAACCGUUCCUUUCAGUUUGAAAGUAUCUUUGAAACUCAGAAACUGUGCUCCUUGGUCUUUCAGUUCAUAAGCCUAGAGAGCGGCUACUGAAAUUGGAAUCGACAUCUUCUUCCCUCGGCUCCAACUAGUAAACCACGACCAGAAGACACAGCCUAACCUACACCUACCGGAGCGUCACACCCGGCAAGCGCGAGCAGGUCCACCAACUGCGCCUGGGCAAACCGGCCGCUCCCGCGAGAUCGCAGGAAGGCGGAGAAAAAGGGCAGGACCCCGCCGCGUGGGGCGGGGCUUAAAGGCUCGUCGCGCCUGCGCAGAGGACCGGACGACGUGCUGCGUCGUUACUUUUGAAACGCUUGGCGGGGAAGUGCUGUGGGAGCCGCUGUGGUUGCUGUCCGCCGAGUGCAAGUGCGUGCCUUUGUUUGUGUCCCUGGCCAUGGCGCUGCAGCUCUCCCGGGAGCAGGGAAUCACCCUGCGCGGGAGCGCUGAAAUCGUGGCCGAGUUCUUCUCAUUCGGCAUCAACAGCAUUUUAUAUCAGCGUGGCAUAUAUCCAUCUGAAACUUUUACUCGAGUGCAGAAAUACGGACUCACCUUGCUUGUAACUACUGAUCUUGAGCUCAUAAAAUACCUAAAUAAUGUGGUGGAACAACUAAAAGAUUGGUUGUACAAGUGUUCAGUUCAGAAACUGGUUGUAGUUAUCUCAAAUAUUGAAAGUGGUGAGGUCCUGGAAAGAUGGCAGUUUGAUAUUGAGUGUGACAAGACUGCAAAAGAUGACAGUACACCCAGAGAAAAGUCUCAGAAAGCUAUCCAGGAUGAAAUCCGUUCAGUGAUCAGACAGAUAACAGCUACGGUGACAUUUCUGCCACUGUUGGAAGUUUCCUGUUCAUUUGAUCUGCUGAUUUAUACAGACAAAGAUUUGGUUGUACCUGAAAAAUGGGAAGAGUCGGGACCACAGUUUAUUACCAAUUCUGAGGAAGUCCGCCUUCGUUCAUUUACUACUACAAUCCACAAAGUGAAUAGCAUGGUGGCCUACAAAAUUCCUGUCAAUGACUGAGGAUGACAUGAGGAAAAUAAUGUAAUUGUAAUUUUGAAAUUUGGUUUUCCUGAAAUCAAAUCAUCUAUAGUUAAUAUGUUUUAUUUCAUUGGUUAAUUUUUACAUGGAGAAAACCAAAAUGAUACUUACUGAACUGUGUGUAAUUGUUCCUUUUAUUUUUUGGUGCCUAUUUGACUUACCAUGGAGUUAACAUCAUGAAUUUAUUGCACACUGUUCAAAAGGAACUAGGAAUUUUUUUUGUCAAUGUUGUGAUGUAUAUUCCUUUGAAGAUAGUAACUGUAGAUGGAAAAACUUGUGCUAUAAAGCUAAAUGCUUUCCUAAAUCAGAUGUUUUGGUCAAGUAGCUUGACUCAGUAUAGGUAGGGAGAUAUUUAAGUAUAAAAUACAGCAAAGGAAGUCUAAAUAUUCAGAAUCUUUGUUGAGGUCCUGAAAGUAACUAAUAAUCUAUAAACAAUGAAAUAUUGCUAUAUUAGCUCCUUUUGACCUUCAUUUCAUGUAUAGUUUUCCCUAAUGAAUCAGUUUCCAAAUUUGACUUUAAUUUAUGUAACUUGAACCUAUGAAGCAAUGGAUAUUUGUACUCUUUAAUGUUCUGUGAUACAGAACUCUUAAAAAUGUUUUUUUGUGUGUGUGUUUUAUAAAAUCAAGUUUUAAGUGAAAGUGAAGAAAUAAAGUUAAGUUUGUUUUAAAUUUGUCUUAAAAUAUUUUGAUACUGGUUUGGUGUUGAUAUAGUUAAAUGGUAAUUAGAAUUGAUUCAGCAUAGCUAUUGAAUUCUUGUUCCUAUGAAGUUAUAGAACUUAAAAGAUACAAAGUUGAGUGAGUCUUGAGGUGUCUUCAAUCUAAUGGAUAAACUUUGAUCACAUCCUGUUGAUCUCAUAGCAAUAGACUUAAAGCUAUUACUUCAUCAUUGUGAAAGGAUAAAUGUCCUUUGGAAUUAGUCCAACAAUUCCAGUUGAACAAAUGUUGAUUUUAGUACUUUACUAUACUCUUAGCCUUAUUAUCAGCCUACUUUUCUUUAUGUAUUUAAAUACUAUGCUUAUUCCUAUGCUUUCAUUAAUACCCUUAUCUGGUACAUGCUUUCUAUCCAGUUCUCACCUGUUUUUCCAAGGUCAGUUUAAGGCAGAUUUGUAAAGUCUUCUCUCAUCUCUAAUCUAAAUCUGACCUCAUUUUGUAAAAAUUCAGUUUAUUGAUGCUUAUUAUUAGACACUCUAAGUUCUUUAUGUGUAUGAAGUAAUUGUAGAUAGUCUGAAUCUGUUCAUUCAGAAAUUACAUAUUGAGCAAAUACUGUGGAUCACUGGCAGUUUCUGGGUUCUCAGUGACAAAUUUGUAGACUGUUCAUAUCUUUAUGGAAUAAAUGGAGCACUGGUGUUACCCAGCUAUAUGACAUCAAGAAAAUGGCAAAUAAAUGCUUCAUUUGUAUUUUAACUAUUUGAGAU